UUUUUUUUUUUUUUUUUGCUCCCCCGUACUUUUGUAAUAAGCCAAGCCUUUAUAGGAGAGCAUUCGGCAUCAUCAGCUGUUCCAGGUUGGACUCUCAUUGCUGGAAGUCGGAGCUGAAGGAGUCACAUGACAGAACUGGAGGCAGGGAGCUAGAGAGAGGAAAAGGCACAGCAUUCCGCCUCGCACCGCCAUACUGUAGCCUCUUUUGAGCCAUUUCACAUUUUUAUUGCAACAUUUUACUCCCGCUCGGUGAGUACACUUCCACUGGCUAUUUUUUUUUUCUGUUUUUCUAAACAAACAUUUUUUUUUGGUCUUCUAAAUUCACCCCCUUCUUUUUCUUUUUUUUUCUUUUUUUUUGGGUUGUUUUUCCUCCUUUUGCUGGUGUUUGAAUUGAGCAUUUGCCGUGCUGGUUUCAAGCGUUUUUUCCCCCCCCCUCACCUCUACAGUCAGUCCAUCCAGGCUUCAAGUUUUCAGCAUGCGGUGAUUCAGAUCGAGAGGGUAUAAAUUGAAAGAAAAGAAAGGAAACGAGUGCGUUAUCGGUCUCUGAGAAAGCCUCUCACUUUGCUUGCAGUUUUGCAGAAACCGAGCAGAUUUUAUCAGUAGAGAGAUUUUUCUUUUUCCUGCGCAUUUACUGGUGGGUUUUGGGACAUUUUUUUUUAUUAUUUUGAUUUUUUUUUGUUGUUGUUUUCUGUCGACUUUUGCUGUGGCUUUGGUUUGCAUUUUGGCAGUGUGGUUUGUGAUUUUGAUGAAUCUCACCGGUGAAACCUCUCGCUUUUACUUUGUUGCUCUUUUCUUUAUCUUUUACCAAAAAAAAGAAACAAAGCAAUCCUUUUUAAAUCCCCUCUCUGGCGUUUUAACCUGACACUUUUCUUGCAGCUGAGCUCACAGGUUUGUGCUUUUUGUUUUAUCUCUUUUUUUCCCCCCUAUUUCCUGUUGUACUCUUGCAGAUGGCAGUGUCAAGUAUUUUUGGAUGUAAUUUUUUCUUACUAGAUUCUUGGGAGAGUUCAAUGCGUUUUUCUUGUUUUCUAUUUCAACGAGGAUGAACAGACAUUUUCCCACUUGCAGGAGGGCAACUGGAGGAGAAUGACUGGUAAAACCCAGACCAGCAACGUGACCAAUAAGAAUGAUCCUCGUUCCCUCAACUCCAGAGUCUUCAUCGGGAACCUCAACACAGCCAUCGUUAAGAAGACCGACAUAGAGGUCAUCUUCGCCAAGUACGGCAAGAUAGUGGGUUGCUCUGUGCAUAAAGGUUACGCGUUUGUACAGUACAUAAACGAAAGGAACGCCCGGGCCGCCGUGGCAGGAGAAAACGCCCGGAUCAUUGCUGGACAGCCUCUAGACAUAAACAUGGCGGGCGAGCCCAAGCCUUACAGGCCCAAAGGCGGCUCCAAGCGGCCGCUCUCAGCUGUUUACAGCGGUUACGAGUUUGAUUACGAAUACUACAGGGAUGAUUUCUACAGCAGGCUUUUCGAUUACCACGGCAGAGUGGCCCCCCCACCCAGAGCUGUGAUCCCUCUGAAACGCUCCAGGGUCCUCGCUCCCUCCUCUCGCCGUGGGAAGACUUCCUUCCCUGUCAAAACAUCCUCCUCUUCUUCCUCUUCAUCCUCCAGACCUCCAACAUCAUCCUCCUCCUCAGGUGUCAAAUUGAAGACGGACCAGCUCCAGACCAUUAAACGAGAGCUCACCCAGAUCAAAAUGAAGAUCGACUCUUUACUGGGACGCCUGGAGAAGAUUGAGAAGCAGCAGAGGACAGAAUCCGAGGCUCAAAGAAAAUACGAAGACAACUGCGACUCCCUGCAUGAGGAGUCUGUGUCGGAGACAGCGGAAAACUCUGGGGAGGAGGCAGGCGAGGGGGCGCUGGACGUGGAGGCGGGCGAGAUGACCGAUGGAGGGGAGGACGACUACGACGAGGAGGGCAGCCACCAUCUGAUAGAGAACCACGUAUCGGACAUCGACAACUGAGAUAAGGGCAAAGAAGCGAGCUCUCCUGGUUGUAGGUUUUAGAUUUCAUCAUCACCUUCGAGAGGCAGAAUAAAAGGAAUUUGUGAAAGAUGAGGAUUCGGGGACUGUAAGUUGUGUUUUGGAGAUGCCAAGUCGUGUUUGCAGCACAAGACCUGUUUUAACGUUUUUCUCCUGGAGUUUACUUCAAAAAGCAGCUUAUAUCACACGGCACGAAAGGAAACAGGAAGAUUUAUAAAUAUUUGUUGAUGCUUUUAUGAAAUGUGCUUGCGCUGUAAUCUUACUACUCCUUUCUUUAAGCGUUUUUAUUUCUCAAACAUCAAAUGAAUAAGUGAAGGUAAGGACAAUCUCCGGUCGCAGAGUGGUGUUCAGAAAAUAAAUGAGAUGCCGCCGCCGUCUGCUUUUGGAUUUGGACUCAUGCAUAAGCCAAUAGCUGUGAGCAAAACGCCAUCCAGCUUUAUCCAUUUAUCACACAAGCGUCCCUGUGGGGCUGUUCCACCGUGCAUCUCUGCUCCUGCCAAGUUUCAGAAGCAGCGAGGGCUUCCUGUGGCGGAGCGAGCCAACCCUGGCAGGGACCUCCUGAUGGGGAAGCAGGGCCCCGCUCGGCCCCGUGCAUCCCAACAUGCACUGCUGCUGUUCUCCCGCUCCAUCUCCGUCAUUCUGCGCUGAUUCACAGCAUCUCAUUCAGGCGAGAGCGAAGCAGGAGCUUUCAAAAUGAUCGAGGGUUUGUGUUUUUUGUUUAUUUCAUGUUACAAUCAUAAGUUUCUACAACAGAGUAUAAGGGCCAAACUAAGAAAAUCCAAAAAUAUAAGUUACGAGAAUAAAAGUCUUAAUAUUAUGGAAAUAAACAAGAUUAAAGUCGCAGUGUUACGAGAAUAGUCAUAUUACGACUUUAUUCUCCUCACAACUUUAUUCACAUAAUAUUUCAAGUUUAUUUUUGUAACACUGCAACUUUAUUCUCAUACAAUUUUAUUCUCACAAUUUUAUUACGUUAAUCUCAUAAUAUUAUGACUUUAUUCAUAAUAUUAUUUCAACUUUAUUUUCUUAUUAUUCACAUUAUUUCGACUUAAUUUUUUAUGACUUUAUUCUCAUAAUUCUACAACUUCAUUCUCAUGCAAGUUUAUUCCCACAAUUUUAUGACUUUAUUUUCAUAUUUAUUUAUAUUUUCUUAGUAUGAUCCCAAUACUCCAUUGUAAGUUUCAGUGUGUUUUAUUGGGAUUUAACUUGCCAGCCCAGCACAAUAAAACUUGGUUCUAAAACGUUUAAAUAUCUUCAGCCCAUUUUAAUAUAAUGAACCCUAAAUAAGAUGAAUUAUAACCAAUUGCCUGGUCAUUCCUGUCGUUUGAUUCAGGUGUGUUAGUGCAGAUACGAUUAAAAACACGCCAUUUUGUUUCAGAGUCAUGCAGCUCUAAAUAAUUUUAGCUGAGCUGGACCAAAUGCAAAAGUGGCUCCAGAGGUUUUAAAGGUUGAUUGUGAUUUUGAGUAGAAUUUGCAACUAAUAAAAUAAAAAAGUCAGUUUUAGCAGAAAAAUUUAAUUAUCUCUCUUAGACAGUAGAACUUUCUUCAAAAUCCUCAAGGCCGCUUUUAUCCCUGUCACUUCUGCCACAUUUUUUCCUUUUGCUAAAUUUCCCAGCUUCUUUAUAAACUACAUUUUGUGGCCUACCUGUCUUAGUUUCGGUGUCCAACUUCAGGUUUUUGGUGCCGAUGUUUUGUCAGUUUUAGAUGUAUUUUCACUCCAACGCAACUGAUUCAAAUAUCAAAGUUCUGCAGAGGUUCUGCUACUAAAGCAUCAUCUGAUUCAGGUGUGUUGAACCAGAGAAAGAGCUACGUCAUGCAGGAUACCGGCCCUUGAAUUUGGACACCACUGCUGUAAACAAAUUAAAUACAUUUCUUAUUUAGGGAGAUUUUUCAUUAGCUAUAAGACAAAAAAAAUAUCAAAACUAGCAGAAAUACAGGUUAAAUGAUGUUGCAUUCUUAAGUAAAAUACAAAUUUCUCUUCUUAAAGUGAGAUUAAAAUUUAUUUUUUGACUUUGUAGCCAUUAUUUUAUUAAAAUAAAUUAAGAGAAGCAGAUGUUUAAACUUUAAAGCAGAGUGUGAAGAAAAACUCUCUCACUUUCAUAAACUAACCCAUCAGUCCUCGCAGUGCUGCCAAAAAACUGCUUAAAAAAUAAGAAACUGCCUUCAGCUCAUUCAGUGUCUGUUUAAUAAUGAUAAAGUGUAAUAUUUAGCACUAUUUUUGUAUCAGGACACAUUUAUUGAGCGAGAUCUGGUUCAUGUUUUCUCUGUUUUGUUUUAUUAUUAAACAGUACGGUGAUGCAUCACAUCUUUUGCAAAUAAAAAUAAUCACACUCACAAAGAAAAAGAAAAAUUAAAAAAAAAGGAAACACUCGUUUCUUUCAUCCGUCAUCGUUUAUCUGGGUCACGUUGGAGCGUCUGUGGCUCAACGCGUUCACAUUCGCUGUAAUUAAUCCCUUCCAUGUUUAUUUCAGCCAAUGACGACUUGUAGCAAAGUGACAGUUUGUUGAAAACUGGCUCGCUCCAGUAUUGUGGGACUUGUAGAGACGUGUAAGUGACAACUGUUGUAUAGAAAUGUACAUUUUUUUUGUAAAGAUAUUUUUAUCAAACGGCAUGUUUACUGUAACUUUGUAUUUUCAGUUUUCAUUAUUACUCUAACUGUUGUGAGGCUGCUGGAGUCAUUGUCCUUGUAGAUAACUUUGUGUUCUUAUUGGUGAAUAAAACUAUCGUGUCCUGUAUUUAAAUCUA